CUGAUUUUAUUCCACUGCACUGCACUGACCUCUAUUUUGCUCUGCAAUGACACUCAGUCUAGUGCAUGGUGCUACAACAAGUCAAUAGACAGAUCAGUGAGAAACAGAGCUAAGUUGAUUAUCCUGAUUAUACAGCCAAACGUGCAGAGGAUCUAACAAGAUGCCACGAUAUGCUCAGAUUGUGAUGGGACCAGCUGGCAGUGGAAAAUCGACUUACUGCAGUAAUCUGCAGAAACACUGUGAGACAACAGGGAGAUCAGUUCAUGUGGUCAACUUAGAUCCUGCAGCAGAAUUCUUUGAUUAUCAAGCCGUAGCAGAUAUCCGUGAGCUGAUUGAAGUUGGUGAUGUGAUGGAGGAUGAUUCCCUGCACUUGGGACCAAACGGUGGACUCAUCUACUGCAUGGAAUAUUUUGCUCAGAAUUUUGACUGGUUACAUGAACAGUUAGGAGACAUCGAUGGAGAUUACAUCAUAUUUGAUUGUCCAGGUCAGAUAGAGCUGUAUACCCACAUCCCUGUCAUGAGGCAGCUGGUUGAAGUGCUCAAGAGCUGGGAUUUCAGGAUCUGUGGAGUCUUCCUCAUCGAUGCCCAGUUCAUGGUCGAAACAGCAAAAUUCUUCUCAGGCAUGCUGUCAGCAUUGUCUACCAUGGUUAACCUAGAGAUUCCUCAUAUCAACAUCAUGAGCAAGAUGGACCUGCUCAAUGCAGCUACCAAGAAGACCGUAGAGAAAUUUCUAGAUCCUGAUCCCAAGGAGUUAGCGGCUGAAGAUGAGCACAUGUCAAAGAAAUUCCAAAAGCUCAACCAGGCUAUAGCAACUCUGAUUGAUGACUACAGUCUGGUGAGAUUCCUUCUGGAUCCAUCGGAAGAAGAUUCGAUGAGUGAUCUCCUCUUCAGCAUCGACACCAAUCUCCAGUACGACGAGGACCAAGAUGUCAAGAUACCCAGAGAUCGGGAAGAGGACAACGACGGGGGCGGUGGUGAUGGGGCAGGAGGGGGGUUCAAUUUUUGACCUCCUCUUUGAUCUCGUCUUCAGAAUCGACACCAAUCUCCAUGAAGAGGAUAAGGAUGUCAAAUUACCCAAAAGAUCCAGAAGAUGGUGAUGGGGGUGAUGGGGCAGGAGGUGGGUUUAAGUUUUGACCUCCUCUUCGAUCUCCUCUUCAGCAAAGUGGGUUUAAUAUUUGACCUGCAAUGUGAAUCGGAAUGCGAGCAUGCCCACGGAUCGAUGGGAAGGGAUGGUCCUAAAGGAGGGUUCAAUUUUCUCCUAUUCAGCAAUUGACAACAACGUCCAGUAUGACAAGGACCAAGAUACGAAAAUGCUAAAUGACCCAGAAGAUGAUGAUGGCAGAGCAGAGCGAAAGGGCAGGAGGGCGAUUCAACCGUCGACCGGUGUGCAGCACCAGGAUGUGACGAUUUUCAUAGACCGGAGGAAGAUGAUCCUGG